CUGUCGUCCUCUUCAUCCUCACCUGGUUCAUCUAUAGAUGAUCAGGUUGAAGCUAAUACAAACCUAUCAGAGACCAGAUCAGGCACAGCUACGACUUCUUAUGCUGAACAUGAUGAUGAACAUCAUGUAUCUGGUGGUUCAACACCUGAAUCUAAAGUUCCUAGUCAUAUGGAUGAAUCAACACUGACACAAUCUCCUCCAAUCCAAGUGAUGGACAGAGUCCUAAAAGGAUUCGAUCCUUAUAGGAUCCCGUCUUCGGUCUUUGAUAAAAGUGAAUCAACAAAUCCUGCAGAUUGGAGUACUGCUUCUAACGAUUCAUUGUUUAGCAUCCAAGUAGGGAACACUAGUUUCUUCAAAGAUGAGUUAUUUACAUUAAUUACUUCACCAGUUGCAUAUGCAGUGGAGCCUGACAAAACGAGUUUUGAAUUUGACAAGAUAUCAGAUUAUACCGCAGAGGAUAAAACAUACCCAAGUGCUGAAGAACAAAACGGGGAAACGACA